CGAACGAGUGGCUGGUAAACAAGCUCAGAGAGCGCAUGCGUGUAGUAAGUAAUGGAGGCUUUUCUGCUCGAGAGUCGAAUGUUCAUUUAAUAUUCGUCGAUAAAGACGUGAAAUUCUGUCGUCAUAGUGGCUUAUUUACUGAACAACUAAAGGAAAACUAAUACAAUUCUGAAAGAAUGGCGUCUGACUCUGGAUCCCAGAAUUCCAGUUGCCGGAUAAUGACAUUUUACCCUACUAAAGAGGAGUUCCAAAAUUUCAUCCGUUACAUGGCCUAUAUAGAAUCACAGGGUGCCCAUAAAGCUGGCCUGGCUAAGAUUGUCCCCCCUAAGGAUUGGAAACCAAGGAAAUGUUAUGAUGAUAUUGAUGAGUUGGUAAUUCCAGCUCCAAUUCAGCAAGUUGUUACAGGACAAUCUGGUCUUUUUACACAGUAUAACAUUCAAAAGAAGCCAAUGACAGUAAGAGAAUUCCGGAAGAUUGCAAACAGUGACAAAUAUUGCAAUCCACGGUAUGAUGAUUUUGAAGAGCUUGAACGUAAAUACUGGAAAAACCUUACCUUCAACCCCCCGAUAUAUGGUGCUGAUGUAAAUGGGACACUGUAUGAUCCAGACAUCAAUGAAUGGAACAUUGGACGUUUAAAUACAAUUCUUGAUACGGUGGAAAAAGAGAGUGGAAUUACUAUUGAGGGUGUCAACACACCAUAUCUUUACUUUGGCAUGUGGAAGACAACGUUUGCUUGGCAUACUGAAGACAUGGACCUUUACAGUAUAAAUUAUUUGCACUUUGGAGAGCCUAAAUCAUGGUACACUGUUCCUCCAGAACAUGGUAAAAGAUUAGAGCGUCUGGCUAAAGGUUUUUUCCCUGGAAGCUCACAAAACUGCGAAGCUUUUCUGAGGCACAAAAUGACACUUAUCUCACCAUCUAUUUUAAAGAAGUAUGGAAUUCCUUUUGAUAAGAUCACUCAGGAGGCUGGAGAAUUUAUGAUCACAUUUCCUUAUGGUUAUCAUGCUGGUUUUAACCAUGGCUUCAACUGUGCAGAAUCAACCAAUUUUGCAACUAGACGAUGGAUUGAAUAUGGAAAGCAGGCAAUCCUGUGCUCCUGUCGUAAGGAUAUGGUGAAAAUUUCUAUGGACGUAUUUGUAAGGAAAUUCCAACCUGAGCGCUACAAGCUAUGGAAGGCUGGAAAAGACAAUCCUGUCAUUGAUCACUCACUACCCACCCCAGAAGCAGCCGAGUUUAUGAAAGAGGAUUUAGGUAAUGAUGAACAUCUGAAUUCCAUUGCAAGCUGUACAGAGGAAUCAAAAGAUACAGAGACCGGUAAAAAGAGUGUUUCCAAGCACAGAAUUGGGACAAAAAGACAUAGAGUGUGUUUAGAAGUCCCUCAGGAGUUACUGCCCAAAGAAGAAUUUGGAUCACUACAGUGUGAACCAGCUGUACCCAAAGAGGUGGAUAUAAUAUUUAGCCACCAGGACAAUCCCACAGAAGUGGACUGUGAUGAAGAUACUUGCAUAAAAGAUUCUUGUAAAACCGAAAACAUACAAGAGGAGGAUAUAGUAAAGCUGAAGAAUGAGAACAGUGUCCAAAACAUUGUGACUAAAGAACUGAUUGUUCCCUCUGAAGUUUCAGAGUACCAUUUUCCACUUGGUGAUACCCCCAAAGAAUGUGAUACUACAAUGCCCAUCUUUACUGAAGGAAUGUUGACACUCCUAUCAGAAAAGUGCAAGAAAAUGUCAGAAAAUAACACUCCCUUUCUUCAGAACCUAUCAACUGAAGAGACGCCUGAUAUGACACCUAAGCCUUCUCUUUCUACCAAUAUUACCUCAAUUUCAACUGACUCCAUAAUUGGCCAAAGUUAUACUAAGGAGGAAUGUGAAGAAUCUGGUGAAGACAGCAUAGCUAAAAGUAAGGAGUCCAGUAUUUUAACCAGUGUCCACACUCCAGACAUGGAAGAGAUUGAUGAAGAAGACACCUGUUCUGUAACUGAGACUAAGAUUAUUAAAAGCAAACGUCAGCCCUUGAGUAAACUGCCGAGGCAUCAUCCCCUAAUCAAAGAUUGCUUUAGCGAUGAAGAAAUGCAAGAGCAAGUAAUUUUGGAGGAGGAUAUCAGUGAGUCUGAACCUUGGACAAAAUCUCUUGCUAAUCUUUGGCAGACACGCCCUCACAACUUUCAAGCAGAGCGGGAGUAUAAUGAAAAUAUGGGCUUACACUCCCCAUACUGUGCUGUGUGCAUGAUUUUCCAAACUUUUCAACAGCUUGAAUGCAAAAGCAAUUGUCAAAGCCACAAGAAAGACUCAGAGGGAAGACUAAGAACAAAACCACUUAUACCUGAAAUGUGCUUUGCCAGUAAUGAGGAUAGCAGUGAGUUUAAUUUCUCUGCACCAUACCUUGAGGAAGAUGGAACCAGCCUGUUGAUUAGCUGUUCAAAUUGUUUAGUACGGGUUCACACAAGUUGUUAUGGUGUUGCUCCUGAAAAAAUCUCUAAGAACUGGAUAUGUGCCCGGUGUGAAGCAAAUGCUAUGACAGAGGGCUGCUGUUUGUGUUCCUUGAGGGGAGGGGCCUUACAGCGAGCAAACAAUGACAAGUGGGUGCACGUCCUUUGUGCAGUUGCAGUUUUGGAAGCUCGAUUUGUGAACAUUGCUGACAGAAGUCCUGUGGAUCUCAGUGGAAUACCAUUGCAGAGGUUCAAACUGAAAUGUUACUACUGCAAAAAGCGUGUGAAGAGAACUGCAGGAUGCUGUGUACAGUGUUCACAUGGUCGCUGCCCAACAUCUUUCCAUGCUACUUGUGCACAAGCAGCAGGUGUGCUAAUGCAGCCUGAUGAUUGGCCAUUUGUUGUAUUUAUUACAUGUUACCGUCACAAAGGAUCCAUUACUACACAACGCAAUAAGGCAAUCAUGCAAGAAUUGUCAGUAGGACAGAAAGUUAUCUGUAAACACAAAAAUGGUCGAUAUUACCAAUGUGAAGUUAUCAAGCUUACAAAGGAAACGUUUUAUGAGGUUAACUUUGAUGAUGGCUCCUUCAGUGACAACCUUUUUCCAGAGGAUAUUGUGAGUCGUGAUUGUGUACAUCUAGGACCCCCCGAAGAAGGAGAAGUAGUCCAAGUAAGAUGGACAGAUGGUUUAGUGUAUGGUGCUAAAUUUGUCGCAGCACAUGUUAUUCAAAUGUACCAGGUGGAGUUCGAAGAUGGAUCACAACUAACAGUCAAGCGAGAUGAUGUUUAUACUCUAGAAGAAGAAUUGCCUAAACGAGUCAAAACAAGAUUGUCAUUUGCCUCAGACAUGCGAUUUGAUGGAAUAUUUGCAGAUAAAGAAUUUAAGCAAGAAACCAAGCGGCAGCGUGUUAUAAACUCAAGGUAUCGAGGUGACUAUAUAGAACCAGUAGUUUACCGAGCCAUAAUGGAGUAAAACUGUUGCUCCCAAAAGAAGAAACUUGAUGCCAGAAUUUGUCCACAUAUACAGAGCCCAAGAAUGGGUUGCCUUCUUAAUUUAAAUUAUUUGCUUUAAUGUGUUGAAGGACUUG